AUGAUCCUCAGAAGGCUUUUGCUGGCAGGCAGCCUGCUGCUCGCCUCUCUCGCAGCCGCGAAGAAAGAAGGUCCCAAAAUCACGGCGACAAAGUUCGACCAUGAGCCCCGUCACCUGUUCUACUUUGAAGACACGGAUACUGUAGUCUUUCAACACAAGUACGAUGCGCACAUCUCUACCGAUGCCGGACAAUCGUGGAGCGUCAUCAAAGGCCCUGACGAUGGAAUGGUGGGCAAGGUCAAGUCCAUUUACCCCCACCCGCACGAUCGGAAAAAGGCAUACGUGUUUGGACAGUCUCGGACACAUUGGGUGACGGAGGACGCAGGAAAGUCAUGGCGUGCGUUCAAGAUCGAGCAGGACAUUCCGCGCUCCGGAAACCCGCUUGCUUUCCACGGCACGGAUUCAGAUAAGCUCAUCCUACAUACGAUCGACUGUUCUGGGUUUGUGUGUGACAUGCCAGCUUUGUACACGACGGACGGAUUCAAAAGCCAUAAAACGCUGACGAAAAGCCAACAUGGUUGCAACUGGGCGAUAACGACACCCGAAUUUGGAACUCAAGCUGAUCUUCCCGAGAAGAUUGACAACCGCGUUUUUUGCAUUUUUUCCGGGCUGCAUGCUCCGAUGGGCAGAAACAAACGGCUCCUGUACUCUGACAACUUUUUUGAAGAUGACAAGGGAUUCGAGGUUCCUUUGAAUAACGGCCGUCCUGUCAGCGAUGUAGUGCGUCUGGCGGGCGUGAAGAAGUUCCUCGUUGCUGCGGCGAAAUCGCCCCGCACAACCGAAAUGACACUUUAUGUAACCGAUGAUGCGACUCGGUGGCAUCAAGCAAUGUUCGACGGGCACAAACUUGAAAACGACGCCUAUACUGUUCUUGAGUCUACUAAUUACAGUAUCCAAGUCGGUGUGAAGACAACGGGUGGGUUUAAUCCCAUGAGUGCUUUGUACACAUCGAAUUCAGAAGGCAUCUACUUUACCCGCAAUGCGGAACACGUCAAUUCCAAUCAUUUGGGCUAUAUCGAUUUCGAGAAAAUUGCUGGCAUUCAAGGCAUUUUCUUGAUCAACACUGUUAGCAACUGGGAGGAAAUCGACAAUAACCAUCAGCGCAAAAAGAAAGUCGUCAGUCAGAUCUCCUUUGACGACGGAAGAACGUUUCAUGACAUCAAGGCUGGCGAUAAGAAAUUACACCUUCAUUCGGUAGCCCAGCUUCACAACAGUGGCCGUGUCUUUUCCAGUCCAGCACCCGGCGUGGUUAUGGGUGUAGGGAACGUUGGAGACCAUUUGAAGGAGUACGAUGAAGGCGAUCUUUAUGUGUCUAACGAUGCCGGGAUUACGUGGUCAAAAGCGCUUGAGGAUGCGCACAAGUACGAAUUUGGAGACCUGGGGUCUGUGCUUGUGGCCGUCUACGACGAGGGCCGGACGAACAAAGUUUCGUACUCUAUUGACCACGGAAAACACUGGGAGACCGCCGAAUUACCUCAUAAGAUCCGCGCGAGGGUACUUACCACAACCCCCGAUUCCACAAGCCUAAAAUUUGUUCUCAUUGGGACGUCAAAAUCGGGUUCUGGGGUAGAACAUUCCGUGAUCGGUAUUGACUUUAGCAACCUUCACGAGCGCAAAUGUGGCAAGGACGACUUUGAAAGAUGGCCAGCCAGAUUGAACGAGAAAAACGAACCCGAUUGUUUAAUGGGCCAUAAGCAGUUUUACUCACGGAGAAAAGCUGGCUCGGAGUGCUUCAUUGGAUCUGAAUUCAAAGAUCCAGUUCCUGAGCUGGAACGCUGCAAAUGUACCGAAGAAGACUUCGAGUGUGACUUUAAUUUUGUUCGAAGCAAAGAUAGAAAAGACUGCGUCCCUGCUAGAGCGCUCCCUGUCCCCGAGGGCCAGUGUAAAAAGCCAGAUGACAAGUAUACUGGUAGUUCUGGGUUUAGACUGAUCCCUGGCAAUGAUUGCGUGAAAGAUGGUGGCAUUGAGCUGGACAAACCAAAAGAACGGCCAUGCAGUGAUGCCGCCAAAGAACCUGUCAGUGGAGAGAUUGACGUCACGAAACACUUUUUCAGUGCGAACAAACCUGCAGAAUACUACUACCUAGAACGCCCCGUCUUGAGUAAGGACAAGGACGAAACGAUUGUGAUGCUUACAGACAAGUUGGAAGUAUUCAUUACAAGGGAUCAUGGCAAAACUUGGAAAGAGACUCUCGAAGGCAAGCAUGUUGUAAAGCUUUGGCCGCACACAUAUAUCAACGAUGCCAUGUAUUUCAUCACGGGAGAAAAAAGGGUCAUUGUCACAAAGAAUCGAGGAGACUCCUUCCGUGAAUUUGAGACCAAACUCCUCCCCAAUCGAGACCGUCUGCCUGUUCUCGCGUUUCAUCCUGACCCCGAGCGGUCGGAUUGGCUUAUAUGGACGGGGGCCGACAAUUGUGGACGUGGUGGAGACUGCCAUUCUGUUGCUCACUAUUCUACUGAUGGUGGCGAUGAAUGGCACACCUUGAUGCGAUAUGUUGGAAGGUGUGAGUUUAUUGGCAAAGAGCGAAGUCGGAAAACCGAUGAAUUGAUUUUCUGUGCACAACAUGAGAAUGAGAAUCCGAAAAAUAGACAUCUCCGCCUUGUCUCCUCCGAUUCCUGGUUUAAAGACAAGACAGUUCACUACAACAACAUUUUGGACUUUAGGACGAUGGCUGAAUUUAUCAUCGUUGCUGCGCGUUCUGAAAAGGAUUCCCUCAAAGUUGGUGCUAGCAUUGAUGGCAAGACGUUCGCUGAUGCUGAAUUUCCAGCAAACUUUGAUGUCAAGGUUCAACAAGCAUAUACAGUUUUGGACAGUUCAACCCAUUCCGUUUGGCUACACGUCACAGUGCACAAUGUUGAAGAUCACCAGUAUGGCAGCAUUAUCAAGAGCAACAGCAACGGCACGUCAUACGUGUUAAGUUUGAACAAUGUCAACCGAAACAAUGCUGACUAUGUUGAUUUUGAGAAGAUGGAAGGUCUGGAAGGAGUUGCCUUGGUUAAUGUUGUUGCAAAUGUCGAUGAAGUACAAAAGGGAGCAGCAAAGCAGUUAAGGACUAUGAUUACGCAUAACGACGGUGCUGAAUGGGCAUACAUACGACCACCAGCAAAAGAUGCAGAUGGGCGUGCUUAUAGUUGUUCACCCGGAAAAAAAGGAACAGAGGAAUGCGGACUGCAUCUUCAUUCCUUUACUGAGCGGCCUGAUUAUCGCGACACUUUCUCGUCCCCUUCGGCGGUCGGUUUAAUGCUUGCAGUUGGAAACGUGGGCGAUCAUCUAACUUUGAAGAGUGAGGGCGAUACAUUUAUUACCCGCGAUGGCGGUAUUGAGUGGCACUCUGUCAAGAAGGGGAAUUACAUUUGGGAGUAUGGCGACCAAGGCUCCAUUAUCGUCAUCGUACCGGAGGCUAAGCCUACGAAAGCACUUUUUUAUACCCUUGACGAAGGAAAGACAUGGACAGAAUUCGCGUUCUCUGAGGUUGAAAUGCUUAUCCUGGACAUUUCCACCGUCCCAUCCGAUACGUCACGAAAUUUCCUGCUUUGGGGUAAAGAAGUUGGCUCAGGUAGUAAACCAGGGUUUGCCACUGUGAACAUUGAUUUUUCAGGUCUAAAGGAGCGCUCAAAGGAAUGUGUACUAAAGGAAGAUAAGCCGGAAGCCGAUGAUUAUUAUCUCUGGGAACCAAAACACCCCUUGUUGGAAGACAACUGCCUGUUUGGCCACAUCACACGCUAUCAUCGCAAGAAACCGGAGGCCUCGUGUUACAAUGGCGGAGAUUUUGAGCGGCUACAUAACGUUUCCACUAACUGCGAAUGCACCAGGCAAGAUUACGAGUGCGACUAUAACUUUGAAAGACAGUCUGAUGGCUCCUGUGCGCUUGUGCCAGGACAUCAGCCAUUAGAUCCCAAACGAAUCUGCACUGAGGACUCGAAAGCAAUAGAAUACUUUGAACCCACUGGAUACCGUCGAAUUCCACUCACGACCUGCGAAGGUGGACUCAAACUGGAUGGUUUCAAAGCGUUCCCUUGUCCAAAUAAAGAAAAAGAAUUCGAAAAGAAACAUCCAAGACUCCAUGGCGCGGGGUUAUUCUUUGCCAUUGUAUUACCGAUCGCGGCUGCGGGCGUUGUCGGUUACUAUGUAUAUACCCGAUGGGAUGGAAAGUUCGGGCGCAUUCGGCUUGGAGAGAGUGGUUCAUCUGGGGACUGGCUUUCUCGAGAUUCACCGCUCAUUGCCAUCCCGAUUGCUAUUAUUGCCGGCACUGUCGCGGUUCUAUCAGCCUUGCCACUACUUGCAGCCAGUCUAUGGAGAAGUGCCCGUGGCUGGACACCUAUUGGACGCAGCUCAAGACCGUAUUCGUCUCGCGGAGCCUUUGCAGCGAGAAGGGGAGACUAUGUGGGCGUUGUGGAAGAUGAGGACGAACUACUGGGAGCGGAAGAUUUUGAAGAAGACGAAGAGGUUUGA